AAUGAGGGCUUCGUCCAGAGACAAACCCGGCCAUGCACACAUAGAAUCUUAAAUCACCCUCUCUGCCUCUGUCUCUCUCUGUCUUCGGAACAAACCCAUCCUUGUGACUCCUUCUCUUUGACUCUUCUUCCAUCUGGGGUUUCCUUCGAUGCUCUCAGACUCACUGCCCAACGAAAAGUGCAAUUCUUUUUCUCCUUUUCGGGAACCCCACUGCUCCUUCUAUUCUGAAAAAGUCUUCCCUUUCCUCAACUCCCCAAAUGUCUCUGCCUUUUCUUUCUCUGCUGUCUUUGGCUUUCCUUUAGGGUUUUCUCAACCUUUUGAUCUGUGGGCUCUCUCUUCCAAUAAUUCUCUUCUAUUGUUCGUUUCUUAAGGUAAAUAACCUUUGUCUCAUCCCAAUUUCCCUUUCAGAAUCUUCAAUUCUCUUCUGGUUUCUGAUUGAUUUCGCUUCUAGGGUUUCCCUUGUUUCUGUGAAACUCUGGUUCAUGAAAAGCUAAGAGUAGUACGUUAGGAGCCACAAUGCGGAGCUUCCGAAGCAAGCACUCUGCUUUUUUCACCCACAAUUACCUGUCUGCUUCUACCUUUCGCCGCCAAUGAAUGCUACGGUAAAUAGAAGGGUUGUUGCUAAGCUUUUUAAGGUUCCUUCAGGUCUUCUUCCCAACGUCACAGCUUCUCCUCGAAAAAUGGGUUGUGUACACGGCAAGUGUUGUAGCCGCUACCCGCCGCCGUCAGAGGGUGGUUCCGUGAACUGUCGAGAGCUCGGUCCUUCCCGUUCCCAGCGGAAACACAUACUUACUCAGAAAUCAUUAGAGUCCAUUUCCAUUCCGUCCUACAACUUCAGUUUGGAAUACGCCGUUCUUACGCAGAGAGGAUAUUACCCUGACACGCCAACUAAAGAAAACCAAGAUAGUUACUGCAUUAGGACACAAAUUCAAGACGACCCUAAUACGCAUUUCUUUGGUGUCUAUGAUGGGCACGGCCAAUUUGGUAGUCAAUGUUCAAACUUUGUUAAAGAUAGGUUGGUAGAGACAUUAUCAAAUGACCACACUUUGUUGGAUGACCCUGUUAAAGCAUAUGCUUCAGCAUUUGUAUCAACUAAUCAAGAACUGCAGGAUUCUGAGAUUGAUGAUUCUAUGAGCGGCACUACUGCAAUUACAGUGCUUGUUAUUGGAGACACCCUAUAUGUUGCUAAUGUUGGUGAUUCGCGAGCAGUUUUAGCUGUUAAGGAUGGGAACCGCAUUGUUGCUGAGGACUUGUCCUCUGAUCAGACACCGUUCAGAAGAGAUGAAUGUGAGAGAGUGAAGCUUUGUGGGGCAAGGGUGCUGAGUGUUGAUCAAGUGGAAGGGCUUAAGGAUCCAAACAUUCAGACUUGGGGUGAUGAAGAGAGCCAGGGUUGUGAUCCUCCCAGGUUAUGGUUUCCAAAUGCGAUGUAUCCUGGAACUGCAUUUACAAGGAGUGUAGGGGAUAGUUUAGCAGAGACCAUUGGUGUCAUUGCUAUUCCAGAAGUGUCAAUUGUUCGGCUUACACCUAAUCAUCCAUUUUUUGUUGUUGCAAGUGAUGGCGUGUUUGAGUUCCUAUCGAGCCAAACCGUUGUUGAUAUGGUUGCAAGCUAUGCGGAUCCCCGUGAUGCAUGUGCUGCAAUUGCUGGAGAAUCAUAUAAACUAUGGUUGGAUCAUGAAAGCCGAACAGAUGAUAUAACAAUUAUCAUUGUUCAUAUCAAAAGCCUGUCUAAUUCAGUGACACGUAUGGCAUCAAGCGAGAUCAAUGUCAGUUCUUUAGCAAGGGCCAAGAAACCAACUUCCGAGAUAUCUCCAACCACAUCUGAUGUUCAUCGUUCUGUGGGGAAUGACUUCUCUCAUUUACAGUCCUGUCAGCAUGUGGUCUCCAUGAGAAGUGCAGCGAUAGUGGUCCCGUCUCCAGCAUGCCAAAGUGAAUGAAGAGGGAGGCUUUAUGGAAGCUUCACUGUCUCCCAAAUGGUACAUUUCUCCAAUCUAUAUUCUCUUCAAGCCUUUUGCAUUGUUGCACUAGGGUUCAUUCUUGGAUUAAGACUUACUUCUGCCUCUCCCCCAUUAUUAGUCAGUAGUCUCUGAGGCACUUUUAUUAAGCUGCUCAAAGUAGAUUAGUCUGAUGGUAUGAUCCCAGUUGCAAGGAACAUCAUGAAAGUGUGGUUCUCUCAAAGUUUCAUAUACUUUCUGCAGCAUGAACAUGUCUAAACUGUAGAAUAAUAAGUGGUCCCAAGUUUCGGGUGAUUGAACUGACAUAUGAAUCGUCAAAUAAUACAGAAGUUCUUGAGGAGAAAGACAAAGUUGUCAUUGGUGUAUGGAAAAGCGAAGGAGUGAAGAUAGAAUUAAUGGCUGACUAACUGAUGACUGUGAAUCAGUAGUACGUAGGUAGGUGGCCUUUGGUCAAAUGGGAAAGACGAUCACAACCUAACAUUGUAAAUGGUGAUCCUCAUUCUUUCACACUCGCUGUAUGUAUCAAAAUUCCAUGUAGAUUUUGAUUUUCAAUUGCAUUCCCAAUUCAAUAUUCUAUCUCAAGAACUUGAAGUUAUUCAACCGCGUAAUUGUUACGACGUGAGUCACAGUUUGUUCAAUGGAAUAUUUUUUUUCAUUGAUUAAU